GGAUUGACACAUCUGUGGAGUUCUUCUCAGCUGCUGUGAACCAUGAUCCUCCUGACUCCCUCUUCUGAUUUCUUCCAGUACGCCAACAAGCUCCUCCUGAGUGACCACGCCACGGGACUCCAGAUCAAAGAGUUUGCAUGUAAAAAUGCAGCAAACGCCCUGUCAGUGGCCAACAUGGUCAUGGGCAUGGCCUCCAUUCUCAGCAGUCUCAACGGGCACCACCACGCUGCCUGUUGGCUGGUUCUGAUCGGAUACCUGCUGGAUCUGGCCGAUGGAGCGGUCGCCAGGCGACUCGAUGCGUGCUCUGCGCUGGGUGCAAAGCUGGAUGAUUUUGCUGACUUCACCACCUUUGGGAUCGCCACAUCCCUGCUGCUGAGGACGUCCCUCAUGCUGGACAACGUCCUGUGUGUGUGUUAUGCGCUGUCCGUCUUCGUCCGCCUUUGUUUCUUCUCAAGCGGUAUUCCGUUCAUGUAUCGUGGUCUCCCCUGCAUCUACUCAUCAGCCACCCUGGCCAGCACUUCGUUGCUGUCAGGUGGGAACCUGGCCAUGCUUCGGGUCAUCGCGGUGGCCAUGAUCCUCUUCAUGAUCAGUCAGAACUUUUAUCCUCAUGACAAAGUGCUGGAGUCAGAGACCUGGAAGAAAGUGGUGUACGCUGGAGGAGUUGCCAUGGUGUUCUGCUCUUCCUUCCCCCCUGCCUGUGUGUACUACCUGCUGUGGUCGGUCUCCUACAUUUUGUUCCCAAUGUCACUUUGGAGCAGUAAAAUCUAA